AGCUCAUUGUGGCAGAAUUGCAGUGCACUGGACUGUACAGAGCAGGGUACCAUCCAGGCUGUUGUCUGUGAGGGGUGGGGUCCGGCUACACUGAUACCACCUAACAUAAGCUCACAGGGAGACAGAAAAAAAGCCAGGAAAAAGAGAGAGAAGAGGGGGGAAGACUGCACCUGAAGAGGAAUAUAAUACGGGAUGAAAGGAGACACCCCAGUGAACAGCACCAUGAGUGUCGGCCAAGCCAGGAAGCUUGUGGAGCAACUGAAGAUCGAGGCUAGUUUCUGCAGGAUAAAGGUGUCAAAGGCAGCGGCCGACCUGAUGGCGUACUGCGACGCGCACAUCUGCGACGACCCCCUGAUCACCCCCGUGCCCACCUCAGAGAACCCCUUCAGGGAGAAGAAGUUCUUCUGCGCUCUGCUUUGAGACGCAUCAGGGAUUGCUGCGAUUAAAAGUACAACUGUACAGUAUGUACAUGUAUGUACAGCGUGUACAUGUACUCCCGAUCUAAAUAAGACAUUCAUGUACUAUAGUAACGAUGCAUUAAAGCUGCCGAUGUACAGUACAUAAACAACUACAAAAAAAUGUCUUGAACUCAAAUUUAACUGACAACAUCCGUCUCGACGUUAAAAGAGAAGGGGAAACAUUUAAUCGAUUAAGUGUCAGAGAAAUCAAACUAUGAAAAAAAAAGAAAAGAAAAAGAUAAUAGCCAUCAUUAGAUUGAAAAAAAACAACAACAUACAUCUCAUGCUCAGAUAUAUUACAGGUAACUGCCAAAGAGGACGCCGAUCAUGAAGCGCUUUACGGAUUCAGACGGAUGCUGCAGCUUUUUGAAACUUUUAACUGGGACUCUUAAAUCCUGACGUUAGGUCUUUGGAGUAUGGUGCACCUACAUGUCUCAGAUGUUGCUCCCGUAUAAAUUGUCCAUGGGGUUCAGAUCUGGCAACCUACAAGAACUCAGACGUUAUGUUCAGUAACCCAGCGUGCCAUUUCUCACCCUGCUUCCAUGCAGUCGCUACUUUUAGACAGACUCAAUAAUACGCUUUGUUAUAAUAGAAAUGCUUCACUUAUAGCUGCAGCCCAUCUAUUGUCCCUAUAUUUAUUUAUUUUUUAUGCCGCCUUGGCAGUUACCUGUAUGUACAACAGCUGUUUAUGAGUGGAUUAUGAACAUAGCUGAUUUCUUUCGAGGUUUUAUUAAGAUUUUAGCAUUUUUGCUCAUUUCUAUUCUGUAGUGUGGAUGUGGACGUGCGUGUGUUGGCAUAGGUGCUACUGUGAAACUUAAGCAACAAGUCCAAGCAUCUGAUCACUGUCCAAUUUUAUAGUUCAAUAGCACAUGGACCCCCUGAAAGAAAAAAGAGGGGGGAAAAAACAAACAAACAAACAAAAAAAAAACAUUUUCCAGGGAUUAUUGACAUUCAAUAAAUUAUCAAAGCCACUGAAGCAAAAUGAGCUAUUCGGUUAUUACUGAAUGUCACAUGAAGAGUUUUCUAUUUCUUUAAGGUAAUAAAUACAUUAUAAUUAUCGUUAUAAUGUCAGGAAGGGUGUGCAUCAUCGUUCUAACCAAUGUUUUUCAGAGCAGCAAGGUCCUACUGUGAUUUCCAUGAAAGAUGAAUUUACAUUUAAAAUAAAUGUGACGUUCACUCUAGUUUCUACAUCUACAAACAUUUUUUUGUCUUGUUACAAACCAUUUUCCUUCCAUCCACUUUGAGUUAGGAACCUCUGCUCUGGACCAUUUCAAAAACCAGCCAAUGUCUUUUCAGUAACUCGCAAGUAGCAAAUUUGGAGCUUUGGCCGAAAAAGUGACCAUGGAAAAAAGAAGCAUUGAAAUAAAAUCCUGUCAUCGAAGGUUA